AUGGUCAUGGAUACUGUAUACGAUGGAUUCGAAUUUGAGGCCAAGAGCAAAGAAGACAAUUCAUGGCAUCCAUGUCGAGUCUCCUUCAGAUCCGGUUCUAUAUCCGGAGCAUAUCUCACUUUGGAAUUCAAAAGCUUUCAUCCAACCGAUUCCAUACUGAGUGAGAAAGAAGCUCUUGCACGUCUACGCCUGCUCUCUGUACCUCUGCAAAAUGGAAACUGUUUACAUAUUGAUGAAGGCAUGCAUAUAGUGGCAUUGCACAAGGGGCAGUCUAAGAACCUGUUCUUUGAUGCUAAAGUAGAAAAGGUAUGGAGGGUGAAGCACUCCCCAAGGAUCUUCUGCAGAUGUAUUUUUUAUAUCAGAUGGCUCAAUUGCAAUCUGAAUAAAGAAACAGUAAAAGUCCCAUCCAAUGCCAUCAGAAAAUUGCAGGAGAAAAGCAUCCAAACGCAUCCUUCCAUAAUUGCUUUUUUCAAGUCUAUGGAUCCAUCCAACAUUUCAGGCAUAACUUCAAGUGGAACUCUUUUAGAGGACAUGAAACCUGAAAAUAACCUCUAUUACAUGCUGGAUAAACAAAUAGAAGAGAUUAGCAAAUUGUUUGAUGAACCCAUGAAAGCAUACCUGGGAGAAAUUUCAUCAGGAUUUGGAAUUGGCCUCACUAAAAGUAGCAAGGAGCGCAGGGCACUUAGCCAUUCAAAUGUUAUCGUCAUGCAUGACUAUGGUCCAGAUUACCGGAAGAGCAUCACAAGAUCAACUAGAAAUAGAAAGGAAACCAUCUUGGAUCUUCUCAGUGACCAAGCUACCCCUCUUAUGAAUUAUCAAAAGAGGAGAACCUGCCUUAAUCCACUAGCUUCGCAAGCAGCCCUUGCUUCAUUGAUGUCUGAAUUUCAAAAAAAUACCAAAAAUUCUCAUUUUACAGGAUUAAAGGUUGUGGGCUUAGAAAACCCAUCUUCCCAAAACUCACAUGUUCUGUCAGAUGCCAACACCCUAAUAAAACAAAGAAAUGCUCAGAAGUGUAUGAGCAACUCUGAGCUGCAUGUUUCUAAUGGAGAUGGUGGUAAGUCAGAGAGGUUUUCUUUGUCAAAAGAGACUCCAUGCCUGCAAAUGAAGAAAGAGAGACCAGCAAGGUUGAGGAUUAUCAGAGAUGGAAACUCAAAUAGUUAUUUGAAAAGGAUGACACGUUCAUCCAUAAAUAGUGUUGAGGAGAACUCGUCUGGUAAGGCUAUACUUUCUAGUGAAUUACAUGAUACCAAUGAGUGCUAUGAUCAUGACACAACUGAGAGUGGAGAGACAUAUAAGAGAAAGCGCCUUUCUUUGACUUAUGAUAAGAAUUCAAGAGAUUCAGGGGGAAAUCGGAAGCGAAAACUAGGCACCAAAGCAAAGCCUGCAAUGCGGAGAUCCCCUCGCCUUCAGUUCCUUCCGCGCACCCGAUCACAAGGGAAGAAUUAA